UGUACAAAUAGUAGCUCUCUUUUUUUCCAUUCCCAAGAUUUGAAUAAUACGAUAAGUGUGUAUUAUUUCUUCUUGCUCAUUUGAUAUAGCCGGUGGCAGCAGCAUCAAUGCUCUAAUAAUGGAACUUACAGCAUUACAUCCGAAAGCACCAACAUACCAUGUCAAUACUUAUCCAAAAAAACAAAAAAACUACAUUCAACAUAAGAAUAUUAAUCUAAUCAACCAUCAGUCGAACCCUCCAACUCAGAUUCAACAGCCACUCCACAGGCCAAAAUCCAUACCUCCUAAACCUGUUAUUGAAGUUAAACCACAGCCCACAAAGUCAAACCCCAAGAUCACAACUACCACCUCAGAUAUUUUGUACUUAAUGGACAGCCUUAAUUUGCCCAUAUCGUUGGAUAUUUACAUGUCACUCAUCAAAGAGUGCACCAAAAUUGGCGACCCUUUGAAGGCCCUGGAAUUGUACUUGCAUAUGAGGAAAAGUGGGGUUUGUUUGAAUUUCACAUUAGCUAAUCGUCUGUUGUUGAUGUUUGUUUGCUGUGGGUGUUUUGAGAAUGCAAACCGGUUGUUUGAUCAAAUGCCUGUGAGGAAUUUUAACUCAUGGGCUGUCAUGAUUGCUGGUUAUGUUGAAAAUGGUAAUCAUGGGGAAGCAAUUGGUCUGUUUAUUGAAAUGUUAUGUGAAGAACAAUUCAGAGAUCCAUACGAUGACAAGAUCAAGUUUGCAGUGUCUGGGAUAUUUGUGUGUGUCCUUAAGGCUUGUGUGAAUACAAUGGACUUGGAACUUGGGAUGCAAAUUCAUGGCUGGCUAUUGAAAAUGGGAUUGUCAAGGAAUGCCAUGUUGACUAGUUUCUUGAUUAAUUUUUAUGGUAAAUGUAAGUUUUCUGUAGGAGCUGAAAUUUGUUUUGAUCGGGUUUAUAGUCGAAAUACUGCUGUUUGGACAGCUAGGAUUGCUAAUUUCUGUCACGAAGAUGAUUAUGAAGGAGCUGUCAAUAUUUUUAGGGAGAUGGGGAGAGAAGGAGUGAGGAAGAAUAGCUACACGUUUUCGAGUAUUCUUAAGGCUUGUGGUCAGAUGGGGGAUGGGGGAUAUUGUGGUAGGCAAGUUCAUGCCAAUGUGAUAAAAGUUGGAGCCGAAUUCAACAAUUAUGUGCAGUGUGCUUUGAUUGACGUGUAUGGGAGAUGCGGAUUUGUGAAGGACGCGACAAGGGCUUUCGAGGUAAGCGAAGAUGCGAGAACUGAUGCCUGCUGGAAUGCAUUGCUUACUACUUUCAUACAACAUGGAUUUUGCAUUGAGGCCAUUAAACUUCUUUACCAGAUGAAAGCAGCUGGCUUUGUACCCCCUGAAUCAUUGUCUAAUGAAGUGAGAUCUAUUUGUGGGAGUAGAAUUCUUGAACAAGAUUGAUCAGACAGACUUGUAGAAGGAGACUUCAGUGUCGAACCCGAUUUGAAGCAAGUGGAAAAGAAAGAAUGAUGAAAUUGAAUGAAAUCUGCAAUUUUGGGAGAUCGAUGUCUAUACUUUAGAAAUUGAAGGAUUGCACAAUUAAUUGAAUUCAAGAUUUAAAGUGCAUUACUUGGAAGCAUAGUUAUCAAACUCGGACCGGACCGGCCGGUUCAACCCAAAAACCGUCGAACCGGACCAUGGUCCGGUCCGAGCUACUUAUUUUUUUAACUAUGCUGCUGACCCGCUAAAAUCCCACAGGAUCCGUCGGUUUUCCACUAAACUGUUGACCCAAUUUCUAAUAAACCUCCCGGUCCACAGACUUCAUGUAAAAUCCCAUUAUCUCGUUCUCCUUCACACUAAACCCUACGCCCGUUUCUGUAGAAGAGCAGCCGGCAGCGUCCCUUGCAAUUUCACUCCCUAAAAUCCAAACCUUCAAAUUUCAAGUUGUAUUAGAUGGAAGAAGAUGUAAGUUUAAAUUUUAUGAGUUUGUUUGUAAAUUUCAG